GCGGACGGGGUCAGCGGUCGGGCGGUCGGGCAGUCGGGUGGCUGCGGGGUGAGCGGAAUGAGCGCGGCGCCCGUGCUGCUGAGCGCGGCCGAGGUCCAGCGCCACCUCCGCGGCGGCGGCCGCCUCCUUGCGGCGCUGGAGGCCGCCCUGGCCGCCUUCUCCCGCGGCCCCGCGGGUGGUGUGGCGCAGCCCUUGCGCUCCGUGGUGCCCGUGGCGCCGCACCGGGGGUUCCUGGGGGUCAUGCCGGCCUACAGCGCCGCGGAGGACGCCCUGGCCACAAAGCUGGUCACCUUCUACGAGCGCCCCCGCGCUGCCCCCGCUGCGCCCUCGCACCAGGCCACCGUGCUGCUGCUGGAGCCGCGCUCCGGAGCCCUCCUGGCGGUCAUGGACGGAAACGUCAUCACCGCGAAGAGAACGGCAGCUGUGUCCGCCAUCGCCACCAAGUUUCUGAAGCUGCCCAGCAGUGAGGUGCUGUGUAUCCUGGGGGCCGGGGUCCAGGCCUACAGCCACUACGAGGUCUUCACGGAGCAGUUCUCCUACAAGGAGGUGAGAAUCUGGAACCGCACUAAGGAGAAUGCCCAGAAGUUUGCAGAUACCGUGGCGGGAGAGGUGCGGGUCUGCUCAUCCGUCCAGGAGGCUGUGACCGGUGCCGAUGUGAUCAUCACAGUCACCAUGGCAACAGAGCCCAUUCUGCUUGGCGAAUGGGUGAAGCCGGGGGCUCACGUCAAUGCUGUGGGGGCCAGCAGGCCGGACUGGAGGGAGCUGGACGACCAGCUGCUGGCGCAGGCCGUGCUGUACGUGGACUCCCGGGAGGCGGCCCUCAAGGAGUCCGGGGACGUGCUGCUGUCCGGAGCGCAGAUCUUCGCUGAGCUGGGUGAGGUGGUGGCGGGCGUGAAGCCGGCGCUCUGCACGGAGACCACCGUGUUCAAGUCUCUGGGACUGGCCGUGGAGGACGCGGUCGUGGCCAAGUUAGUGUACAAUUCCUGGGCUUCUGGGAAAUAGCCGAGGCGCGGCCCCCCCUCCGGCACUGCAGUCCCAGGCCUCGCCUCCGCCGCCUGUGGUUUCCAGAUCAGACGAGGGAGCCAUCAUGCCUUGCUGAGCUCGUCCUGCCUCUUCCUCUCAGCCAGGAGUCCUCCUGGGUUCAUGGCUGAGGGGCCUGGGGGAGGGGGGAGGGGAGGUGGUGGCAGCAGCACCCCUUCCCCGGGCACCCACUGCUCUGUCUCCUGGAAAUAAAGCGACUUCC